AUGUGGUACACUAAGGCCGAAAUGGAGGCUGCUGAGGCCCUCGUAAUGCUCUCCAACUCUCGCCCGCUCCACACCCCUCAGGGAGUUCAGACGCAGACCAUCUGUGACAACCGCGCCUCUCGUCACCUCUCCCCCCAUAACAUGCAGCCGACCAGCAACACUCGCCGAGACCACAAUUCAGGAAGCAACUGGGAGACCAACAUCUCUGUCUCCCUCAACGCCGAGGUCACUCGCUCUGGACCGAUGUACAACUCGGUUCACAUGGACCAGGGCGGCCGCCGCCAGGCGCAGAUGCACCCUUCUCAGCCCCGCCUCCAUUCUGACAUGGACCAUCAGAUACUUCCCUCUAAGCCUCCGACCCAGGAACAGCCUGGCAGCUUGGGCCAGGCUAAUUCGUGCAGUAUCCCCGCGGUCGACGGCCAGCCAGCCCGUAAUGAUAACACCCCACAGCACCAGACAGGGCAGGCCCCGCCCCGCCAGCUCGGUCGAAAAAUCCCCUUCCAGCUCUCGGCGCCGUCGUCGCGCCGGAUCAGGCUGGAAGACAUUCUCAACCCGGAACCCGUCAGCCCGCUUGCAACAAAGCGCCACCAGCGGAUACCAUCUGCCCCCAAGAAUAGCAAUCAGCCCUUAGCCGCGGAGCUCUCCAACAACGACGAAAACACGCCACCGCAAGCUCAGCGCUACUCAGCCCCACGAGGUGGCCAGGGCAGGCAGGAGCCUCUUCGCUCUGCUUCCCUUCGCAGUGAGCUUCACAGCCAGUACGCCACUCCAACUGCAACUGGCCCUGAUGCCACCAUGUCUCCCCUCACGGCCAGCUCCGACCCCUUCGACGGACCAGUCCAGCGGCCCUCGCUGGCUCGUAACAAGCGCCCCGCUUCACCCGAGACUUUCCCUGAGCCUCCCAACGGCUCUAAGGCCAGGGCUGCUGUAUCAUCCAAGCCUGGGCAGCCCAGGAACAAGAACACUUCUUUCACGAUCAUCCUGAAUCCGAGUUCGUCAGACAUCAAGGUCACAAAACGCCCUCGCAUCGAUGAGUUCCCCAAAGCCGCUGCCUCCUCUCAGUUUGCGAGCCUGCCCACCCCGCCUGAGGACUCCGAGUCCCAGGUCACGCUUCACGAAGGGAUUCAUACCCCUGAAAGUGACAGCGAGUCGCAAGAGGUUGACGAGCUCACCAGCGACGUCGAGGAGUCCAAACCCACCAAGGGCAACACUGCCGAGCAAAAGCGCGAGAACCGUCUCGAGAGUCGCCGCCGCAAGGAUGCGGACACCCACAAGCGUGUGGCGGAGGCCAAGCUGCUCAACUUCCAGGCCGGCAAAAUCUACGCCUACGACAAGUCACACCCCCUCUACAACCCUGCCACGAACAUGGACGACUGGCUCAUCAACCACUGGUCUGUGUGGGGCACGCAGGAUCUCAAAUACUGUCUUGAGCGCGAGCUCUACGAGCGCUUCACUGACGAGGAGAAGCGCAUUAUCUCCACCCGCAUCACCAAGAAGAACAAGCCGCACCGUGAUCUCCCGAAGUCCGUCCGCAUGCUCUGGUUCGCCAAUUACACUGAUCUGGCGCCUACGCCUCGCACUGAGGCAAUGGCCUGCCAACGCUGUAUUCUCGGGGGCGUCCAGUGUCACCAGGCGCGAAAGCCUAAGAACAGCAAGACGCGCAAAUCGGACGGAACGGCCGCCCCGCCCUCUUGCGUUGCCUGCGAGUGCUCUAAGGGCGGCUGCCACAUUGCGAUCAAGCAGAAGGACAAGCUCACACGCAAGCCGAAGGCAGUCGUCGACCUCCAGGUUUACCUGGACCGCCUGAGGAGCCCCACUUCGUGGCCUGCUUUCCCCCCUCUUAAUCUGUCUGCGCUCCCAGCCCCCUUCCCUUACAAUCCUCUUCAGUGGCUUAUCCAGCACGAGCUAGAGCGCGAGCAGGCUCACGCCCUUAACGUGUAG